CGAACCAAUAAUGGGGCGAGUUGACAGUAAAUCUGCCAUUUGGAGUACUUUCGUUAUGUCAAAGCUUACUUUCGGUUUAGUCAAUCAAGGGAGUUAAUCACAGUACAAUCAUGGCCGAAGGCGAAGAGUUUCGCAUUCCAACAGUGACAGCUGAGGAGAUAGAUUUAACCACUAUCAGAGCUGUUGUGAUCAUCCCUGACCUUGAAGUGACCUCCAAGAUGUUUGGUGCUGCUAAACCUAAAAAGAAUGCUACUGUUGUGCCUAAAUUUGAAAACAAUUCUUUUGAAGUGACAGCUGUGGUAAAGAAGAAAGAAAAAGAAAAUAAAUUUAGAUAUACUGUGAAGAAACUUCCAGGUGAUAUUGUGCCAGAAAAAUGUAAAACAGAGUACAAGAAAGAGCAAGUGAUUUUGUUGCUUCACAAGGCUGAAGAGUCGUCAUGGGCAGUACAGUUAUCAAAACGAGGACUUGAACAAGCAGAAGAUUGAAAACUUUGUCUCAGCCUUAUAUUUCUUCUUUUUCAGUCAAGAUGAAUUCAAAAAACUUUGUCUCGUCUUAUAUUCCUUCUCCUUUAAUCGAGAUGAAUUCAGAUCACUACUAUUUUGUAAUCAUGAGAUGAAAUUUAUAUUACCUCCCUUUAAAUAGAUUUUUACUGUGGAGAAAGCUAAUGAUAGUACAAUUUUAGGCAUAAAAUUUUAUACUUUUAGUUUGUUAUCGUAUCUUGAAUAUAAUGCAAUCUCUAUAAUUAUUUUUUUUUUUAUUUUUUUUUUUCCAAGUAAAUAUCUUUUAUUACAUAUCUGCUGUUUUGCUAUAAUUAUUUUAAAACUAAUGGCAUUCGUUAUAUUACACUUUCAUUAUUUUUAAUGAAUUAUUUAUCUUUUUAUCUUCACCUUUUUAUAAGGUUUACAAAAGUGAUACAAAUGGUAUAAUUAUUCAAUAUCAAGAAUUGAUAUUUUUUCACCAAAAUAUUUGACAAGUUAUGUUUAAGAAUAGUUUUGAUUUGAUAACCUAUGGGUUAUAUAUACUAAAUGGUUUUAUUAACACUAAAUGUGCAAUAUUUUAAAACAAAUGUAUUUAUAAUUAUACUCCAUUAUUAUACUAACAGAUUAUGUAACAUACAUAUACCUUUAUAAAAUUAUAACAACCAUUUUGCUGAAAUUGAUCUUUUAUUUUUAUUGUAAACAUUUUUUUUUAAAUUAUGGGGUCACUGUCUUGCUUGUUUAAUUCUAAAUUUCAUAAAGGGCAAGCAAUUUUUAAAUAUUUUUUUGAAGUAGUAUAUUUAUCAACUAAAUUUCAUUAAUAAACCUGAAAAAUAUUUGUUGUAGUCAAAUGUAUUAACAUUUUAAAAAUGUCGGACUUCACGUACCCAAUGAAUAUUUUAUAACUUUUUAUCAUUUACUGGUUUGAAUAUUGCUAAAAGCAAACACAUCUAUUUUAUUCUUUCUCCAACUGGUAAUAUAAGAAUACUAACCAAGGAUAUAUACUUCAAUGUAUAAAAAGUUUUAUAUGUAUUUUAUAACGUAGAUUUUGGGUUUUGUAAAGCAUUGUAUUGUUGUAGUACCUGCUCAAAUAGAAGUAUUAAUCUUUUUUUGGUAUUUAACUGAAUUGUCUCUUACUGACCCUUGAUCUGUCUCCUAAUAACCUUUGAAUGUAAUGCAACAAUCACUUUUUUAAUAAAAUGUCAAAUGUUUUAAAUUUUGCUCCAAUAUAUUUGGGGAACUUGUGUAAAUUAAUGGUGGCCAAAUUUGAAUAUAAGAAUGCAAAAUUAUAUUAAAAGUGGUUCUUAUAGUUGAAGGGACAUUUUGAAAGUCCCUUCCUACCUUCCCACAUACAUUUUAAUUGAAUUGCCCUUACUUUGUUUGCAGAAAGAUAUUAGAAAUAAAGGAGAUUAAAACCAGUCCUGUUCAAUUAUUAAGGGGAAAUAUAAAAUUUGAAAUAUAAGCUUGUUUGAUUUUUUUUAUAUUCUUUUUGUGUGGUUCAAAUAUGUCCCAGUUUUAUGCAAUUAUUGAUCUGAAGAUGCCUCUCAUUUCCACUUUGCCAAAUGUUUUACAUUUAUAUUGAAAAAAUCAUUUCUUCCAAUAUGAUACAUUGUAAUAAGGUAACUGUAGUUAUAAUUAUGAAAUGUACAUUUUUACGUGACAAAUAUUGUUAAAUAAUCAAGAAGUAGUCUUUGAUUACUUUUUUCUGUUGUCAUAUUUAAUUUUUUUACCAUUUGGUUGAAUGUUGAAUUUGCUGAGAAAUGAGCAUGCACAUGUAGUUUUAAAAUAUUAAAUCAAGCAAUUUUAAAUUUUGACAAUGAGGCUUGAUUUAUUGUAGCUUGUGUUGUCUUGAAUCUUACUGACCUGCGAGGGCUGUAUAGCCAGUCACUCAAGGUUGUUGAAAACUCCCACCAUCAGCUACAUGUACCUUAAAUCUAAUAUUUUACCCUUUUGAUAUUCAUAUGCUACUUUGAUCCCAAGAAUGAUAUAAAGUGAGAGGAACUUGACGGUACCUGUUUAGUCUGUUGCAGAUAGGUUGUAAACAUUUAUAUCUUUAAAUUAGCUGUAAUGUAUUAUUUACAUAUCCUCAAAAAAGGUUGUAAUAAGACUUGAUCUCUGUAUCAGAAUAUUUACUUUGAGGCCAAUUUUUAUGAUAUUUUUUUUAUUCAAAGAUUUUAAAGUUUCUUGAAUGAAAGAAGCUGAAUUCUUAGAUUUGGAAUGAAGAUAUAAUAGAAAGCCUAUAUAACAACUCUGAAAUAGUUGUUUUAAAAAGGGAAGAACUCUUAUCUCAAUGCAAGUCAAAAAUUUAUAUACUUAAAUCCUAGUUUUAGAAUCUGAUUUAAUACAUAAAGUUCUAUGUUUUUUGGGUUCGUUUUUUUUUAAUUAAUUUUCAUUUUUGAGCAUUUGAUGGCAAUCAAAUUUGUAUAUUAUACAUGUAUUCUUAACCUUCAUGAUUUUAAAACUAUAAAUAUACUAGAGGAAAAAUAGUUCUGUUAAAUGUUAAUGAUAUAAAAUAAUCUAUCAAAAAGUUUAAUUUUUACAGAGUUUAUUUGUAUAUCUUUUACACAAAUUUCACAUUAAAUCUGUUUUACACUUUAUUCAGUUUGUGAGUGAGUGAGUCAGUCCAGGUUUCACAUCUAUAAUCAUAUACUUAGUUUUACUUGAAGAUGAUCAAGUUAAGUAUAUAUAUCUUUUUGUUAGUUUAUAAAGUGUAUAAUAUGUAAUAUUUAUAGAGUUAAGAUAUAUUAAGCAUUUGUACUUAAGUAUUUACUUUUAGAAUUAAAUUUUUUUCAACAAUUA